AUGGCGCCUGUCCGGGACCCGAAUACACUGUCCAACUACGCCGAAUGGCGCACCAAGCACACCACGGCCAACCUCAAGGUUGACUUCAAGCAGAAGUGUCUGCGCGGGUCUGUGGUUCUCGAGCUCGAGUCGCAGACGGACAGGACCAGCAAGGAAAUCAUCCUCGAUUCCAGCUACCUGUCUCUGUCCUCCAUCAGACUCAAUUCGGUCGUGCCAGAAUGGGAGGUAAAGGAACGCGUCGGGCCCAACGGCUCUCCGGUCCAUAUCUCUGUGCCCAAUGGCGCUGCCAAAGGGGAAAUGGUCAAGUUGGAGAUUGAGCUGGCCACCACCGAGAAGUGCACCGCGCUCCAAUGGCUCACCCCGGCUCAAACUAGCAACAAGAAAGCCCCUUUUAUGUUCAGCCAGUGCCAGGCCAUCCACGCGCGCUCUAUAUUUCCUUGCCAGGACACGCCAGAUGUCAAAAGCACGUAUGACUUUGUCAUAACCAGCCCUCAUGUUGUCAUUGCCAGCGGCGUGCCGUUGCCGGCUUCUACAGAGGACGCAGGAGAAGACAAGAUCUACAAGUUCCAGCAAAAAGUCCCAAUCCCUUCAUACCUAUUCGCGCUGGCGUCCGGUGACAUAGCCACAGCCCCUAUUGGCAAGCGUUCUUGUGUCGCGACGGGCCCGAUGGAGCUGGAGGCGUCACAAUGGGAACUCAAGGAUGACAUGGACAAGUUUUUGGACGCCGCUGAGAAGAUUGUAUUCCCCUACAGAUGGGGAGAGUACAACGUGCUUGUGCUCCCGCCAAGCUUCCCGUAUGGAGGCAUGGAGAACCCCAUCUUUACUUUUGCGACACCCACCAUCAUCAGCGGCGACAAGCAGAACAUCGAUGUCAUAGCUCAUGAGCUUGCCCAUAGCUGGAGCGGUAACCUGGUAACGAGUUGCAGCUGGGAACACUUCUGGUUGAACGAGGGGUGGACAAUGUACCUGGAACGACGUAUCCUGGCCUCUAUUCACGGAAAUGAUGCUUACUUUGACUUUUCCGCCAUCAUAGGCUGGAACCACCUUGAGGAAGCAAUUGAGGAAUAUGGCGAGAACCACGAGUUCACAAAGUUGUGCAUUAGCCACAAAGGCAUCGAUCCAGACGACGCAUUCAGCACUGUACCCUACGAGAAAGGCUUCCACUUCAUCUACUACCUCGAUCGCCUCGUCGGCAGGGAGAACUUUGACAAGUUUAUCCCCCACUACUUCGGCAAGUGGGCAAACAAGUCGCUCGAUUCUUACGAGUUCAAGGACACGUUCCUCGAGUUCUUUAGCGCCCCUGAAUAUGCAGGGCUGAAGGAUAAAAUCUCGGAGAUUGACUGGGAGGGUCGUUUCUUCAACACCGGUCUACCGCCGAAGCCCGAGUUUAACACGUCGCUUGUCGAUACGUGCUACGAGCUAGCGGAGAAGUGGAAGCAAAAGGACUUCUCACCCAACCCGUCAGACAUAUCUUCGUGGACUGGCAACCAGGUACUCGUAUUUCUGAAUACCGUUCGGGAUUCUGAAAAGCCCCUGACGGCGGAGCAAUCGCAACUUCUUGGAAAGGUAUACGGUCUUUUGGGCUCUAAGAACGCCGAACUCAAGACGGCAUACUUCCAAAUCGCAAUGGCUGCCAAAGAUAGCAGCGCCUACCCGGCUGUGGCAGAGUUACUCGGGCAGGUCGGGCGCAUGAAAUUUGUCCGCCCCCUAUUCCGUAGCUUGAACAAGGUUGAUCACGAACUCGCCGUUAAGACGUUUGAGGCGAACCGCGAGUUCUACCACCCUAUCUGCCGUCAGUUGGUCGAAAAGGACUUGGGCCUCGCUGCGGCGGGACCAUCGUCCUGA